AUGUGCCUAUUGGAGUUACCCGAUCCUUUUUCCGGAUUUUCAGCGCGACCUUCCGGGGAAGGAGAGCUCCGGGAGGGUGGAGGUGGCGGACAGCCGGGCGGGGCGGGGAAGGGCGGGGAAGUAGCCGGCCCUGGUUGCAAAGCGCUGAGCUCAGCGCCCACCGCUGGGUGGUCAACAAGCGCGGGUCUGGCGGAGCGCGGUGGCGCGGGGAGACCGCGAGGCGACCGGGGGCGGCUGGGUCCCCGGCGGCGCGGCCCUCGGCCUGGCCGGGAGCCGCGCCAGUCGGUGCCCCAGGCCGAGCGCGGUCCGCCUCCCUCUCAGCGAUCAUCAGUCAGGAGUGCGGCCAGCGGGCAUGCCAGAUCCACCAGGGGCGCCGCCGGCGGCGCUCGCAGCCCGCGGGUGAAGAAAGUGCAGCCUCGCUCGGCCCGGAGCGAAGAGGUGGCCCGGAACGAAGAGGUGGCUCGGAGCGAAGAGGUGGCCCGAAGUGAAGAGGUGGCCCAGAGCGAAGAGGUGGCCCUGAGCGAGGAGGUGGCCCGGAGCGAAGAGGUGGUCCAGGGCGAGGAAAUGGCGGCAGCCGGGCUCAUCGUGACCGUCACCCAUAGCAAUGAGAAGCACGAUCUUCAUGUUACCCCACAGCAGGGCUGUAGUGAGCCAGUUGUCCAAGACCUGGCCCAGGUUGUUGAAGAGGCCACAGGAGUCCCACUGCCUUUUCAGAAACUUAUAUUUAAGGGAAAAUCUCUGAAGGAAAUGGAGAAGCCAUUGUCAGCACUCGGAAUACAAAAUGGUUGCCGAGUCAUGUUAAUUGGGAAAAAGAACAGUCCAGAGGAAGAGGUUGAACUAAAGAAAUUGAAAGAUUUGGAGAGAUCUGUGGAGAAGAUAGCUGACCAUCUGGAAGAGUUGAAUAAAGAGCUUACUGGAAUCCAACAGGGUUUUCUGGCCAAGAAUUUGCAAGCUGAAGCUCUCUGCAAACUUGAUAGGAGAGUAAAAGCCACAACUGAGCAAUUUAUGAAGAUCUUGGAAGAGAUUGACACACUGAUUCUGCCAGAAAAUUUCAAGGACAGUAGACUGAAAAGGAAGGGUUUGGUGAAAAGGGUUCAAGCAUUCCUAGCUGAGUGUGACACGGUGGAGCAGAACAUCUGCCAGGAGACAGAGCGGCUACAGUCCACGAACUUGGCCCUGGCUGAGUGAGGUGAGGCAGCGAUAGGCGGGGCUGUCCUGAAGAACAGCGCCCCCAGCUCUGCCCUCUCUGGGACUGAAGUGACCUGAUUUCUCCAGGGCUGCUGGGGACAAUUGGCCACUUGCCAGUUUUCCUGCACUCCCCCUGUUCUCAGUGAACAAGUGUUGUCUGCAGUCCGCCGUGGAGCUCCUGUCUGUUUUCUCUUUCCGUCUCCGUGCAGCUGUGCCGUCCAGCAGCCCACCCUGUCUGGAGGGGGCCUCCCCUGCCCAUCUUCCCAGUUCUUUCGACCUUGGGGUGCUUUCCUUGGGCUGGCGAGACCUCUCAUUAAUGUUGGAGUAAUUCUGGGUUUAUAGGCCACCCCUGUCUUCAGAUUCAUGAGGCCUUUUUGCCCUUGUGAUUCCGUAGCCUGUCGAUGUAACCCAGAAUCACCAGGAAGUUACAGCUAGUCAGGAAUGUUGGGAGUGGCUCAGAACAGGUGUUUGGCACACAGGAUAGUCCAAGUAUCCCUCGUUGUAACCGAAUUCUGGAACAGGUGGCUGGGUGAUUGGUUUACAGACCCUGACCUCAUCUCCCAGUGACCCUGCCCAGCCACAGGCCAUGAGAUCUCAGAGGCCCAUUCCUGGGGUGGGGCUCGUAUUGAUGCGUGGACUUCCUUGUCCUUAAGUAAAUCUUUAGAAGGUUAGAACCUAGUGAUGACUGAAUCUCUGCUUGAAACCAGGUCACAAGUAUGGCUUGGGGGUACAGAGAGAGGAACCACAGGGAGGCAGGUGAUGAAGGCAACCAUAAACUUCUAAGGCGUUCCUCAAAGGCAUUUCUGUUCAUUGUACCCUUCUGACGUCAGUGUUUCCUUCAAGGCUGUUCCUAUUUGUUUUGUGGCCCCCUCCACUGUUAUUUUUUUUAAAAAGCAGUUUAUGUACACGUCCGCAAGCAAAAGAAUGUUUGAACUUUUUUUGAUGAAAUAUGAGAAGCAAAAGCCUUCUGUGGUUCUAGCUGUAAUUUGUGUUGAAUAAAGUCAAGAGUGGCCCUGUAUGCUAGAACUCGUAACCGGGUCAACUGCUAUCACCCCAUUUUUUCACACAGUGCCCAGGAGACAGGCAUCCAAUAGGCCACUCUGAGGCCGACCUUAUUUGGCAGAGAGGGAAUCACUGAAGCCCCAGGAACUUAGGCCUAUGCGGGUGUGACCUAGGACAGGGGUGGACACGUGGAUGAGGCUCAGCCUAGCCCGGCCCACUUCCCACUUGAAUCAGCAGUUCAGUAUUUAUAUGAUCGUUUUUGUAUGGUAGCUGUGUGGUGUUGGGCCAAAACACGUAAUGAGAAGUCCCUGUGUGCGGGUACUGUUCUGAGUUCUUCAGGUAUAUUAGUCAUUUAAUCCUCAGACAUUCUAGGAGGCAGACAGAUACUGUCCCCAUGUUAGAGGUGAGGAAGCAGAGAGCUCAGGUAAUUUCUCAAGGUCCUAAGUGGCAAAGCCAGGAUACAAAGCUAGGUGGUUUGAUUCAGAGCCCACGCUCUUCACUUACUGCCUCCCCCCACAGCAUGGGCUCGCUCGCUCUCAUCCGUCUCCCUCCCCCUUGUUGGUCUCCACUUCCCGGCUGGCCUUCUGCAGAGCAGUUUCUCUACAGAACAGGUGGGGUGGUCAUAAAGUGCAGGUCUUAGCAUGUCAGUCCCCUGUGCAUAAAGGCCAGAGUCCUUUCCUUCAGUGCUCUCCCUUUCAUCCCCGGCCACUGGCCUGUUUGCUGUGUGCUGUUCUGCACGCUGGGAUUCCAGAUGCUCUGUGCCUUCUCCUGCCUUCGGGUCUCUGCAUAUGCUGUUCGUCUGUUGGACAGCUCUUCACCAUCUCUCCCCCACCCCUUUCCUAGGUAGUAACUCCUGUUCAUCCCUUGAACUUAACUCAAAUGUCUCUUCAUGGAGAAACCUUAUCUACUGUCAGAGAACAUAUCAAACCCCCCAGGUGAUAUCCUUUCACAAUUUGCCAUAACUUUUCUUUAUGAUAAAUAGCAUGAUAAACCAUGA